AUGCACGCGAGCCCGGCAGGGCCAGCCUCGCAGCCGACGCGCGCCACAACUCGCUCAUAUCAGUUCUCCGUCGAUCAGGUUUUCAGCACGCACGCCUCGCAGAUCGAGGUGUACGAGCAGUCGUGCAAGCGCAUUGUAGAGGGUAUCUUCCACGGCAUCAACGGCUCCAUCCUCGCCUACGGCGCCACCGGCUCUGGCAAGACGCACACCAUGUUUGGCAGCACAAUGAGCGCUGCGGGUAUUGUGUAUCAGGCUGUCCAGGACAUUUUUGCUGAGAAGGAGCGACUGGAGGAAGAGGAGGGCAAGCGCGUGCGCAUCAAGUGCAGCUUUCUCGAGGUCUACAACGAGGACGUGUUUGACCUGCUCGCCAGGCCGGUAGGAGAAGGCAGCGGCGGCGCGAAAUCCUUGGCGAACAGCGGCGCUGGUGCCUCGGGCCGAGAAGCGAAGCGGGUCCCUCUUCAGGUGCGCGAGGCAUCCGACACGACGGCUUCUGCGUCUGCCGGCUUUCAUGCCGGUGAAGGCGGCAGCAUCAACAACGGCGGGCUGCACAUUCGCGGGCUUACGCAUAUCUUCCCCGAGACGUUCGAGGACUUCGCCCGGAGCAUCGAGCACGGCCACACGCAACGGUUUGUGGCCGCCACCGGGGCUAAUGCGCAGUCGAGCCGCUCGCACGCGAUCAUCACUGUCGAGGUAGAGGUGCGCCACAGUGAUACCAGCGCCAACGUUGGCGACUUGGGCUUCGCGUCGGCGGUGGAUGACGACGCCGACGCGGCAGAGGCGACGACGGAGUUCUCGCCAACGAAGAAAGCGGCGAAGCGGAAAAAGAGGUCGGUGACGUCGACGGUCACGAUCGCGAAGAUUCAGUUCGCGGAUCUGGCGGGCUCUGAGCGCGCCGCCGCGACCAGCAAUAUGGGCCUGCGUCUUCGCGAGGGCGGGAACAUUAACCGGUCGCUGCUAGCGCUCGGUGCGGUCGUGCAGAGCCUGGUGCAGCAGAAGGUGCGACGGCGGCAGACAGGCGGCAAGGGCGGAGGCAAGAUAUUUAUUCCUUACCGUGGGUCCAAGCUGACACGGUUGCUGCGCGACAGCAUUGGCGGCAACUGCCGCACGCAGAUGCUUUUCUGCCUGAGCCCGAGCACGAAGCACGCAGAGGAGACGGUGAACACGAUGAAGUUUGCGAUGAACGCUAAGGAGAUCCAGGUGGAGGCGCACCGCAACGAGUUCGCCGUCAACUCGAGCCAACUAGCCAAAACACAGGAGGCGCUCAUCGAGGAGCUGCGAGAGGAGCUUGCUCGCGCGCAGUCUGCCCUCGCCGCGUACACGAGCGGGCUCAGCGGCAACGACUCGAACAAUAGCAGCGGCGCCGAAGGUAACCAGUGCCAGCGUGCUGACGCGGUGCCGGCGACCGAGAGCGGCGCCGUGGGCAGCGAGAGUCCUUCGCUGACCCUGCACAUUCGACAGGGGGCGUCGCUAUCGAUGUCGAACAGCCCUCUUGGUGCCCUCAGCACUGGCAAUCGCAGCCACAGUAGCCCUGCGCCCACACCAUCAGUGCCAGCGUUGCCCUCGUGGCCUGCCAAGAGCGCGCCGCGAGGCACCGUCACACCAUCUGCGGCAGCCGGGGGUGCAGCAGCGUCGUCGCCGUCGGUGAACGUAUCCCCGUCUUCCAUAUCGAUCGGUGGCGCCGACGUGCUGCAGGGCGGGAGCGUGCCACGCCCGUCUCUCAGCAGCCGCACCGCUCGCCCGUCUGUCUUUUCUGAGACCACUCCGCUGUUCUCUGAGCUGGAGGCUAAGUUGAAGAACUUCUCUGCUCAAAAGGAAAGCCUCUACCACGAGGUGCGCGAGGCGCAGGAGCGCCAGCGUGAUAGGGAGACGCAGCUGCGAGAGCAGCAGUGGCGGCUUGCCACGUUUCUUGUCAGCGACGCCUCCGGCAGCCGCGCACGCGGGGAGGUGGACGGCAACGGCACCACCGGCAUUGGCGUCGCCGGCCUGCGCAAGAUGAUUGCCGCCAUGGAGGCGGAGCAGGCUCAGCAAGCACACCAGCUGACCGCGCUGACGGAGCGGCUCGACGACGUGGAUCGGCAGUUCGCCGCCACACGGCAGGAGCUGCUGCGCGAGCGUCAGGGCACCUCGCUUGAGCUGCUGCUAGACAACGCGCGUCUGCGCCAAGGGUGCACGGAGGCAGAGUGCCUGGCCGCGCACUACCACCAGGAAUGCCGCUCGCUGCUCAACCGUCAGGCUGAAUACGCCGAAGCGCUGAGCAAGUGUGUCGAGGCUAUUCAGCGCCUUCGUCCGCACCUCGCCCAACUUACCCCGCCCACGUCCUCCAUGAACGGCAGCAACAGUGGCAACGCCAUCGUGGCCGCGGUCGAGACGGCGAAUGUGGCUCUCUUGUACGCGCUGCUGCCCACCGCGUCCACCGCGCAGAUGACGACCGUGUUCGAGUCCGCGUUGCACUCGACCGUGAAAUCGCCGCUGCAGGCGCCGCCGCUGACAUCGGUCUCUGCCGUCUCCUUUCCUGCGCAGCCGAUGCCGUUUGCGCACCCGCCGCUGGCGCCGAGCCCGACGAACCGGGCCGGUCGCAGCAACAGCUGCAGUCCACUGCGCGGCUGCGGGUCUGCCGGCACUCGUGGCUCGAAUCACCUCGCGGAACAUUUCCGCGACCUGAUGGCCACCGCCGAAUCGAUGCAUCUCACCAGCAGUAGUGAGAGGGAUACGAACGAGAGCACGGAGGGGGUUCGCACGCGUCACGGCCAUCUCGUGCAGGCGACUGACCGCACUAGCAGUCCGGAUCGGCGUCCUUCAACUCCGCAGGCGGGCAAGAGCUAUGAGCCUCAUGGCCGGGCCCCCGCAACCGGCAACAAAAACGCCCCCAAAGCCUUCGGGCGCACGUUUAGUCUCACAGGCCUGACGCGAAACACAGCGACCGCGCCGAUUGGAGGCCGCAAGAGGCGCCUAUGCCCGGUAGCAGACAAGACGUCGUCGAGUGGACCGGUCGGCGGACACGCGCCUCGGACCAUCAACGGAGCAGGUGCAAAAAAGACCUCUGGUGGUGGCGCACUACACGCGCAAGCGCUCCAGCGGUCCGUCUCCGCCCCGCUCCCGUUUACUCGCUCAGCAUCACGUACACAAGGCCCCGCCGCUGGACCAGCUUGCAAACCUAAGGCAGCUAGUGGCUCAGGCCCCGCCGCUGCAUCAUCGACGCGACGCCGCGCAGGUGCACAGAAGGCUACCCGGCGUCGGGCCAGCAGGAAGACGCCCGUCGGCAGUCCCAGUGCCGGGCACACCGCCACAGCUUCUUCCUUCGCCUUUGUGCGCAGCAACCAUGCGUCUGCGCUGCGGGCGCUUGCAUUCGCUAUGGACAGUGCAGACUCUAGCCUUAGAGGACGGUCGAACCGUCGUGGAGAGGUGAAUUCGUCACCGCCGCCGGCUGCGCGGGCGUCUUCGGAGGUGACAGCGAACAGCGGCAGCAGUCGCGGCAUGCCGAACACCAACGAUGCCGCCAAGGGGAGGCAAAGCAACAGCAGUACAGGCAACAAGCUCGCCGCCACAAACACGAUACCAUCUUGCCCCGACUUAGACUGCGGCCCAUCACGCGCGCAGGCCCAGCAGGAGAGGAAGCGCGUUAGCGGUAGCGCGGCGCUGCACCUGCUCGGUUUGGCACCUUCAUCGUCGAAGCUCGAGUGCACCAAUAAGAAGACAGGCAAGCUUGCCCGAUCCCAGGCUACAUUCGCUCCUGUUAGUCCCCCUUGCGUGGCCGGAGCUUCAGGAGUCCCGCUGCAGCGCCGGUCAGAUCAUGCUACUGCCACCGCGGCAACCCUUACCUCCGCGGAAAGCUCGUCUCGCAUCUCGUCCUCCAGCAGCGAUAGCAGCAGCUUCAACGUGAGCUGCGAGUCUGCACCGUCACGCUACAAUGGCGCGCCAGAGGGUCGAACUGCCACACCUGAGACGGGCGCGCACAACGCGAAAAAGGCUGCCAAUGGUGCACGAAAGAGUCAUGACAGAACCCCACAGCUGACGGUGGCGCGCCUGCUGGAGUGCGCGGCGGCGGCAGCGGCGCCUGCGUUACCGCAGUACAACGUCACCUUGUCUCCGAACACACACGGUAGCGAUUGCGUAAACAAGGAGAACGGCCAACAGCCACUUCAGUUGCGCACGCGCACUUCCUUCACGGAUGACCUCAUGGUGAGUAUCAGCACAUGCUUCUCCGAUGGGCUGUCGCCGAACAGUCGGGGACAAGUGUCUUCGAGCCACUGCUAG